UAAAAAUAUCUACCUAAAUAUGCCAAUUAAAUUAAAAAUUCAAGGAUAAUCGGUGGAAGUUGAUGAAAGGUUUGCUCAAGUCAGCAAUUUUCUGAAGGAGGCUUGGUAACCAGGAUCCAAUGAAGUAGAUUUAUUUAAAAAAUUCUUAGGAAUUGCCAUUGUUAGAAUCUUAAGUCACUUUGGAGGCAUUUAAGACUUUGGAAGAAUAUUAUAAAUUCAACAAUUUUGAGCCAAGAGUGAUAGAUGCUAUUAGUAAUAUUUCACAAUAUUAAAUUAGCAAACGAUCCAAACACCUGCUUCUUAAAUGAACACGAUAGAGAAUUGAUCAUGAAAGUCAAAGUGUUUGAAGGAAAUCAAUUGAAAGAGUUGUUGGAAGCAGCCAAAUAUCUCCAGACAUCUGCAUUUAAGAGUAAAAUAAUUUAAUAUGAUUAAUAGAGUUAUGCCUUGCAAGAAUUGCUUUUGAAUUCCACGUUGAUAAAUAAGAACCAAAUAAAUCAUUUGGUGAAUUGAAAAAGAAAUUUAAUUUGACCAAUACAGCCCUUACUUUAGGAGAUGUCGAAAGAUUUAAGUCUGAUUAUCCAACAAUCGUCAAUAAAUACAAUUGAUUUCAUAUUAAGGAACAAUACAUAUCA